AUGUCAGGUCCUCCGAAACCUCCCAGCGAUGGGAGUCCUUUCUUCCCUAUCUCCGAGAGAGCUGCGAAGCUUGCGGUUGCGCAUUUGGGGAUAACAUCGCCACUACUUGCUAUUGCGUUGGUUAUGUUUGUAGCGAGGAUAUGGUUGCGAGUAAGGCCGGUUUGGAGGGUGAGUUGGGAGGACUACAGCAUGGCGAUUGGAGUUUGUGCUGCAGUCGUCGACUUCGGAUUCCUUAUACCGCAGAUGUAUACAUCACCACGGCUCAUCACCGAAUCUCAAGUGACUUGGUCACGAAAAUACGCAUUUCUUGCGAUUCCCAUCUGGGGCAUUGCCAUGAUGUUCAUCAAAGUGAGCAUCGCAAUGAUGAUGCAUCGAAUCCAGCCUACAGUACUAUGGUGGCGCGUCUUUUGCUUCUUCAUAAUGGGUAUCUUGAUAGCCUACGGUGUUGCCAACACCUUCUUCAUCCUACUCCAGUGUAGACCUCUCGAAGCAUCAUGGGAUACAUCAGUCUUGGAAACAGUACAAGGAGCAAGCUGUCUUCCCCAAACUGGCAUUCACAUCAUGUCAAACAUCGGAUCUGGUAUCAACAUUGCGACAGAUAUCAUGCUAUCUUUGGCACCGACACUAUUCCUCUGGAAGCUCAAAAGGCCGCUGAAGGAGAAGAUCCUUGUUGGCGCGCUCAUGGGUCUGGGUAUGUUUGCAAGUGUCGCUUCCAUCGUAAAAGCAACCCUAGUCAAAGAAUUCGGCAUGGCGAAGGAUGCAUGGGCACUCACAAACUCUAUCGCUACCUGGACAGCCCUCGAGCAAAUCCUCAUCAUGAUUGCAUCAUCCGCACCCUUUCUCAAACCCCUCGUUCAAAGUGCUCUACAUAGAAUGGGCUGGACAUUGUCAGGAACUUCAGCCGGACGCUCAGGCUACGGAAACCGGUACCACGAUGUUGGACAGAGCGCAAGACAGUCACACUUGGUGAACAAGUCAGCGAUAAACUCGCGAAGAGACAUGUACGGGGGAGAUGAGGAUCCUUUCGCUGCAGGGGACAGCAACGAUGCAAUUCCUUUGGACGGAAAGGUCUAUGAAAUGAUCUUUUACCGUUACAGUUUAGUGGAGUUGAUUCUCCGGCGCGGGUCGUGGAAAUCCGCCGGUCUUGGGACCAAGUUUAUCUCUUCGGUUUACACCAUGGUUGCUAUCACUUCUUUGUGGACUGCUGUCCUCCUUGCAGGCGUGGCUGUUUCUGAAGCAAAGAGCUGCAAGAAGCCUUUCAUCAGAAGAGAAUGGCGCUCUCUUAGUAUCAAAGAGAGACACCAGUACAUCAAAGCUCAGAAGUGCUUGAUGAAGAAAGCUCCCCAGUCUUCUACUGCUGAUAUCCCCGGUGCUCGAAGUCGAUGGGAUGACUUCUUGGGCACGCACAUCAUCAACGCCGAUGACGUGCAUUUCACAGGCGUAUUCUACCCCUACCACCGUCUGCUCAUGUAUUCCUACGAACAGGAGCUUCAGACCUGUGGCUGGAAAGGUGGCGUUCCCUACUGGGACUGGACUCUUGACGCCGCAGGUCCAGAUAAUGACACCUCCGUGUUUAUAAACUCACCUAUUUUUGACAACAAGCACGGUUUCGGUGGGAAUGGAGCUUGGAUCCCUGGAAACUUCUCAAACCCUGAGCCUGGGCUGCCUGUGAAUCCUCCUUGGGAUGUUCCCGAUCGCUCUGGUGGUGAUUGUAUCAAGAGCGGUCCGUUUGCAGGACUCAAGUCUAACUUGGGUCCUGGAAAUGGUACGGCUUAUAACCCUAACUGUGUUCGAAGAGACUUUGCGCCGCUGAGUUUUAGGGACAUGAGUGGACCUGCUGCUAUUGAGGAUGGGAUGCAGCAGGGUGACUUUGGACACUUUGAGCGUCUUACGCAGAGCACUACUCACUCUGGUGGACAUUGGGGCGUUGGUGGGUUGUAUGGUACCAUGACUGAUAAAUGGCAGAGCCCUGCUGAUCCUCUCUUCUGGGUCCAUCACGCCAACGUUGACCGCUUCUGGUGGUCAUGGCAAAUCCGCGACCUCAAGAAGCGCGAGAAAGACAUCUCUGGUCCUCUUGUCAACUUUGACUACGAAAACAAGGCUGCUGGUAACGUCACUCUUAAUCAUGGCAUCUUCAUUGGUGAGACUGUGAAGCUCAAGGCCAAGGUCAGGGAUGUUAUGCAUAUCAAGAAGGGUCUCCUCUGCUACGAGUAUGAGGAUACUUAUUAG